GUAUAUUUGGCGGUUACCCGUGGCAAUUUGUUUAAUUUUGGGAUUUUAUUUUGAUAUUGUUUUGGAGACCUGGAAAUUUUGUCGUAUAGUGAAUGUGAUCUAGAUUACGAUAAAAUUGAAGAGAAGUUAAAAGAAUGGAUUGCUUUGACCGCAAUAAUUCAACUCCCAGUGGUUCUGAUUUGAGCUCCGUUUUGAUAUCUAUUGCUGAUAAUUUGAAAUCUGAACCCUUAUCUAAUAGCAUCAUGUGCAAUGAUGAUGAAAUGAUAAGUGAGAAAGAUAUAGCAAGUGACUUAACUACCUUGGAAAAUUUGGAAAUUUUACAAGACUGCCAGGAAAGUGUAUUUUCUAGCACUAAUGCUAUGAUGGACUGUUUUUCUGAUAUUAACAACUCCCCAGAUCCAUUUGAUCUACCAUCCAUUGAUAAUGAUGAUUCUGUUCUUCCUGUAUAUGGACCUUUCCCCGAGCUUGAUAGUCAACCUUCUGUUGAAACAGAUGUUUUAGAUGCAAGUGCAGUCCCUGGUAUUUGUGGGCUUCGAAACCUUGGUAACACCUGUUUCAUGAAUGCUGGGUUGCAAUGUCUACUUAAUAACAAAGUGUUUAAAGAGUAUUUUGCUGAAGCUGAUUUGGAUUCUUUUGCAAAGGGCUCAUUAGCAUACAAAUUUGCUGAGAUAAUGAAGAAAGUUUGGAGUGGUUCGUAUUCAGUGUUGCAUCUGGGUGAAUUUAAGGAAUGCUUUGGUGAUAUGCAUAAUCAAUUUAGAAAUUACAGACAGCAUGAUUGUCAAGAAUUUUUAGCAAUGCUUUUAGAUACUAUGCAUGAAGAAUUGAAUUCCUCAAAUAAAGGAAAAUCCAAAGCAAGAGUUGAGCAUUGCUUCUCAAGUAUCAACAACUGCAAGGAAUCAGUAAGUUCUGAAGCCUCUCGUGAAUCUGAGGUUGUGACUGAUGGAGAAAAGAGUAUGGACGUUUUUGAUGUAAAAGAAGCCUCUACCCAAAACAUAGAAGUAGGUGAAUCAAGUUCCUGUAAAAGCUCUGAACCAUCCACUUCACAUUCUCAUGUAACAAAUUCAAUGUUUGGCGCAAAUAAUUCAAAAAAUGUUAGUAUUCCAUGUACUGUAAAAAAGAAAUCUCAAAUGGAAUCCAAUGCGGCAAUUUAUGAGAGAAAUACAGAAAAAAUGGCUGAUUUGCUCAUAAACAACAAAAAGAUUGAUAAAAUUCUGAACAAGAAUGAGCUUGAUGUCCAUUGCAAUACUGAAAGCCAAAACCAAAAUGAUAUUAAAAUAAAAGUAGCAGACAAAAGUGAAGUAAAUGAAAAUAUUAUUGAGAAAAAUGAACUUGCUUACAAAUUAAACUCUGUACAAAAAAUUCCUACCAUUGAGGAUUUUGUAAAAGCAACAAAAACCUUAAAUACCAAUGUUUUGGUAUCAGAGGAAACAAACAAUCUAUAUAAGUUUGAUAGUGAAAAGUUCCCAAAGCAUGAAAGCAACAGACUACAAGAAACUGUUGAUAAUCUGGGACAGAUGGUUGAUUUAGGUCCUAAACAGGGUGGUGUUAAAAGAGUAAAAAUCACAAACAUCAUGCAUGAAAAACACAAAAUUUUAGAAAAGUCUACAGAACAAUUAGCAUCUUGUACUACCUUACAUAAGAGAUUGAAAAUCGAAAACAUGGAUGCUAACUUAGUGUCUCCUUUGCCUGAACAAGACGAUACUGUAGAAAUGGAACCAGUAGCUGGUGAUGAAUCAUCUGAGGGUUCAAGUCAAUCAAGUGAGUUGUAUACUUUGAACUCUGAUUGUCAAGAGCUUCUUGUAGCUGAUGAAAUACGAAGAGCCUACAGUGAUUGGGAUCGUUACAAAUCUCUCAAUCAGUCUGUGAUUGUAGAUACAUUUCAUGGACAAUUCAGGAGUUCAGUUGUGUGCUCGCAAUGCUCACAUAAUUCUAUCACUUAUGAACCUUUUAUGUACCUUCCUGUUUUUCUUCCUCACACGCUGGAAAGGCAAAUAGUUAUCACCUACGUUCAGAAUAAUGGCAGUCCUCCAGUCCGAUAUAUGGUGAAUGUAAAUAAAUAUGAUCGAAUCUUGAAAAUAAGAGAAGCUGUACAGAAACUCUUAGAUACUCCCGCUGAAGAGAUUAUUUUAGCUGAAGUUUUUGAGAAUCACAUUUCAAGGAUUUUGGAUGAAAACCAGUCCAUUCGCCGUGUAAAUGAUUCUACCAGAUCUGUCUAUGCCUUUGAAGUUGGAAAAAACAGUGAACUUCUUGCAGAUAUCUCAAAAAAUGAGAACUCCAAUGCUUUGGACUUGACUGAAACUCUAGAUUUAACUGUUGAUGAAAAUGUUCUUAAGAACAAACCUUGCAGCUCCAGGCUGUUUGAUGACUCUUCACCAGACUCUGUGGUAGAAUGUGAGUUUGCUCAAACCUGUGAUUCCUAUGAAAAAUCUAGUCCUUCCCAGGAUGAACAAAAUGAUAAGACUAUUGACUUUACUUCAAUUGUAAAUAACUCAUCUGAAGAUGUCAUUCUUCAGGAGGAAACUUCUAAUUUUAUGGGACCUGUGCAGUACCAUACCUGCGCCAUCUGCUUAGAAGAACUACCCAGUUAUCGAUUAUCUCUUCAUCCUAAUUGUGAAUGCAUUCUGUGUAAUACUUGCAUAGAAGUUUCUUGUAAGCACUAUGGUGGUGUUACAUUCAUAUGUCCAGUAUGUAGCACUCCAGUUUCACCUGCCGAAGAUUUUGUACCUCUUUCUCGAAUGGGAGGUUAUGAAUUCAAAAUCAGUACAAUACCCAUCCCACUUGUCACAAGACAUGACAUAUUUCAAGAAGGUGUACUUAAAGAAAAAGUGCUGAUUGGGCAUCCAGGUUUGCUUAAAUUGCCUUCAUCAUUGCCUGCUUCUAAGUUGUAUGAGCAUGUGGAUAGAGCUAUUCCAUUUCUGUCCACUUAUUCUCUUUUACUUGUUGAUGGCCAGGGAAAAAAUUGUUCAAGAUGUUUGUAUAAUAAGCAUUGCUCAGGUUGUGAAAUAACUCGUGUGGGUGAUGUGAAACUACAUCCUGGUGAUAAUAUAGCUAUUAGAUAUGUGGAUUUGGCACCUGAAAUUAUUGCUUCAGCUGCUUAUAUUGUAGAACAUAAAUCCCUGCAGCAAACUCGGCAUAAAACAGAACUUGAUAUUUAUGACUGUUUAGAAUAUUUUAGUGAAAGAGAAAGUUUAGACACAGAUAGUCCUUGGCAUUGUCCUGUUUGUCGUCAGAAUCAGCAAGCCACAAAGUCUCUAUCAGUUUGGAAGUUUCCGGAGGUUUUAAUCAUAUACCUUAAAAGAUUUGUCUUUCAUAACUGUGUAAGCAUAAAAGUAGAAGAUAAAGUUUCAUACCCAUUAGAAGGUUUAGAUUUAUCAUCAUUUUCAUCAGGACCAUUUAAUGAUGACCUUAUUUAUGAUUUACAAGCUUGUGUUUGCCAUUUUGGUGGAGUUAGUGCUGGCCACUACACUUCGUAUUCUAAACAUGUUACAACAAAUGAAUGGUAUUAUUUUAAUGAUGAAAAUGUGAAAAAAGAAGCUCCAAAUACAGAUGAAUGUGUAAAUGAAUAUAUCUUCUUCUACCAAAAGAGGUAAUAUAGAGAAUAAUCCUAAUUUUACAGCACUUCUACAACUAAUGUAGCGCCCCAGGAUUUUUCCCUUGCUCACUGCAAAAACGUUUGGAUCUGAUCUAAGUCCUUACUAAGACUGAAACUAGAUUUUCUUGAAUUAUUUAUUCCUCUAAUAACUUCAUUAACUGUAUAUUAAAGCAGUAUUAUAUUUUAUAUAAAUGAAUUUGUGAUAUUUAAGUCUCUUAGAUUUCACUGAUUAAAAAAAUAUUUAAAAAAUAACGAAAUAUUUAGGUGGGAGCUAGUUUCAUCUGUUAAACUGCCUCAAUGACUCCAUUGUGUUUUUAAUUUGACAAAUAGUUUUGACAUAUAUUAAACUCAUAUGUUCAUUAAGACUCAACAAUGGGUAUUUUUUUAUUGAAUUGUUCAUCAGGAAAUUUACUUCAUAAAUAUGCUUAUCAUAAAAUUUUGUAAUGAUUGUUGUCUAUUCAAAUCUUGAAUGCGAAAUAAAAAUGUAUUUUCAAUUUUAUGUACAAAUGUCAUUACUGG